AAGUCACGUGACAAGCUCCCGAUUGCGGAAGUUGCGGUAUAGCUCGCUACUGCUAUACUCCGGCGACAUUUACGAGGAUACGACGCUCGCAAAUGACCACAAAAGUCUCGGUUCUCAAUGUUGUGAGAAAUCCAUAGUCGGCGAGAUGCAUAAAGUCGCCGUAUUUGUUAUCUUUUCAGUUACCCUUCUCACGUCGCAGGUAAAGUGCCAAGAGGCCAUCCUGCAUAUUUCAAAUGGAGCGACACAACAGGAAUUCUGCAUCCUUUACAAUCAGUCAUGGACCCCCUUGCCCGAAAGCCUUAAUGCUGCUAUACCGUAUUCGCUUGUGAACAUGACAUCCACGGUGCUGUGUGAUUCCUCGGGAGUCAGUCCAGAGGUGGUAAAGGGGAAAGCCUUGGUGGUGAUGAGGGGGGACUGUCCUUUCAGCCAGAAGGCUGUGGUUGCCCAGGCCCUCGGUGCUACGACAUUGCUCAUCGCAAGCAACACAACUCUGGUCUCUCCAACAGCUAAUGGCUCAGAGUACCUAAAGGUCCAAAUUCCCUUGGCCCUCAUGAGAUACAGGGACUUAAGAGAAGCACAACGGGUUUUCGGCGAUAGCAUGCAGGCUAGGCUUUUUGCGCCACGCUCCUCGAAGAUCGACGCCAGCAUUGGCGUCAUGCUUCUGAUCUCCAUCGCCACCGUUGCCUUAGGCGGCUACUGGAGCGGAGCCUCUGAGAGAGAGCGUUUCAGUUCGGGUGAGGGAGGAGCAAAUGGAGAGGGCAAAGCAGAUAGCGGAGACCUUCCCCUCUACUCCCCUCUGAAAGUGUUUAUCUUGGUCGGCCUCAUGUGCGGCAUGCUGAUCCUCAUGUAUUACUUCUACAAUAUUCUAGUUUACGUCAUCAUCGCCAUAUUCUGCGUUGCGUCUUCCACUGCGCUGUUCAGUUGCAUUGAUGCGCUGCUGGAGAAAUUGGGCUGCGCCCAUGGGAGAUUCACCAUUCUGAAUACCACCUUUUCAGUGAGGUCUCUUAUUUUGGCCAGCAUGUGCAUAAGCAUCUCUGUGGUCUGGGGUGUCUACAGAAAUGAAGACAGGUGGAUCUGGAUCUUGCAGGAUCUCCUGGGUGUUGUUUUCUGCCUCAACUUCAUAAGGACCAUCUCGCUGUCCAGUUUUAAGAUCUGCGUGAUUCUCCUGACCCUUCUGCUUGUUUACGAUGUCUUCUUUGUUUUCAUCACGCCAUUCUUCACCAAGGAUGGCGUGAGCAUUAUGGUGCAGGUGGCUUUGGGUCCGGGCGCAUCAGGAGAGAAGACACAAGGUAACAUUGUGGAGGUGCCGGCCGAGCCCCAGACUCCCUCUGAGACACUUCCAGUCGUGAUGCGUGUCCCGCGGUUCUCAGCCUGGGCUCAGAACUUAUGUCAUAUGCAGUUCUCCGUUCUGGGUUAUGGAGAUAUCAUUGUGCCGGGUCUUUUGGUGGCUUAUUGCAGCAGGUUUGACGUUUGGAUCAACAGCACCAGGAAGGUCUACUUCCUCAGCUCUUGUAUAGCCUAUCUUCUGGGGAUGUUAACAACAUUCACUGUGAUGCUGCUGUCAGGGAUGGGCCAGCCGGCCCUGCUCUACCUUGUGCCCUUCACCCUGAUAACCUCUGCGACGGUGGCGGGCUGCAAAGGACAAAUGAAGCAAUUCUGGGCCGGGACGUCCUAUGAGCAGGUGUUGGAAUCCUCACAGGAACCUUUGUUGCCAGGAUGCUUGGUCUCCAUGUGUUGAAGCAGUUUUGAAUGCUUCACUGCCUGAGGCAAGAACUGACAACCCCAUAGAAGCAGAACCAUGCUGACCUUCAAGCCAACUGUUGGAAUUUCUUUUUAUUUGUAUAUUUUACUAUGUAAUUGACAGUAAGGGCCAGUGAUGAAACAAUAGAUUCACAUCAAUAUGGAUCAUUUUUGACUGCUUUGCAGAGUAGAGUGUGUGUAGGUUAUUUUGUAGUGUUGGAAAGGCCUUUUCAGUGCCUGUUUUGAAGGUAUCAGGAAAAAAAACACAUCUUUGCCUACAACCUGCCUUGGCAAUGAUUGAACACAUGAUAGAAAAACUAUAUUUAGCGUGACAUCAUGUUUCAUAACAUGUGGGCAAGGCGAGUAAAAUAUUGUUCUAUGUGAGGUCUCGAUUUUAAAAAUGUUUUGUGUGAACCAGGUUCGAGGUGUUUUUAUAAUGUGAUGUUUGUUGCCUUAUAUUAAAUUAACAAGAAUGUU